AUGAACAUGGUAAAGAGCCUGGAGCCGCUGCCGCAGCGGUUGGCGGGGAUGGUGGCUGUCCGGGAGACGUCUCCAGCCUGGUCUGCGCUGGGAGAGGAGGGGCCGGCGACCAUGAAAAAGGAGAAGAGCCACGGGCAGGAUGAGGCAGACUGUAGGGCAAAGCUGAUCCUCAUCAAUGGGGACAAAGCACCUGGCGUUGUCCUGGAGGCCAAUGGGAAGCCCAGCACUCCAGGUUCCAGGGGCCUGGGGCUGCUGCCCCUGAAGAAGGAGAAGGACAGCAAUGGAGACCUCUCCAAGGAGGACCUGGCCUGGCCACUGGAUCUGCCAGUGCAGAGGGCAGGGCGGACCCGGCAGGAGACGCGGCUCAAGGACCCGGCCCGCAGCGUGGAGCCUCUCAGGGAGCUGCCAACGCCCGUGCGGAGCUCCAGGCGUCGCUCUGCCGUGCCCACGCCCAUGACCAUCGACCUGACGGAGGAGGACUCGCAGGACUCAUCCCAGAGCAGCAGCACACUCUCGGGGAGCAGCUCCCAGGAGGGCCAGAACGGCUCUGCUGAGCUGGGGGCCGAGGAGGCAGAGAGCAGAGACAUGGGCAUGGCACUGGAGUACCAGGAUGGGAAGGAGUUUGGAAUUGGGGAGCUUGUCUGGGGGAAGAUCAAAGGUUUUUCCUGGUGGCCUGCGAUCGUCGUGUCCCACAGAGCCACGGCCAAGCGCCAGGCGGUGUCGGGCAUGCGCUGGGUGCAGUGGUUUGGAGACGGGAAGUUCUCCGAGGUUUCUGCAGACAAACUGGUGGGACUGAUGGCCUUCAGGCAGCAUUUCAAUUCCUCCACGUUCAACAAGCUGGUGUCCUACCGCCGUGCCAUUUACCACGCUCUGGAGGUGGCCCGGAGCCGGUCGGGGAAGACGUUUACGACAGGCCCCAGGGAGUCUCUGGAGGAGCAGCUGAAGCCCAUGAUCGACUGGGCAAUCACUGGCUUCAAGCCCCUGGGGCUCAAGGGACUGCGGCCACCCAAAGGCUCAGAGAAUGGGGUGCUGAGGAAUGGCACAGAGGAGGUGGUGUCCCUUGAACAGUGUCCCCCCACCAAGAGGCUGAAGACCUACCCCUGCAACAGCAGCAAGGAGCAGCGUGUGGAAGAGGACCAGACCCGAGAGCAAAUGGUUUCUGACAUUACGAACAACAGCGGGAAGCUGGAAGAUAGCUGUUUGUCUUGCGGGAGGAGGAACCCAGCCACUUUCCACCCACUGUUCAAGGGGGGCCUCUGCCAGACAUGCAGGGAUAGAUUCCUGGAGUACUUCUACAUGUAUGAUGAAGAUGGGUACCAGUCCUACUGCACCGUCUGCUGUGCAGGCAAGGAGCUGCUGCUCUGCAGCAAUGCCAGCUGCUGCAGGUGCUUCUGUGUGGAGUGUCUGGACGUGCUGGUGGGGCGAGGGACGUCAGCCAGAGUGAAGGAGCAGGAGCCCUGGAACUGCUACAUGUGCCAGCCCCAGCAGAGCCGCGGCGUGCUGCAGCGCCGGCAGGACUGGAACGCUCGCCUGCAGGACUUCUUCACCAGUGACAAGGGACAGGAAUAUGCUGCACCCAAAAUCUACCCAACAGUUCCUCCAGCGAAGAGGAGACCAAUUCGAGUGCUCUCGUUGUUCGAUGGGGUGACAACAGGACAUCCAGGAGCGACCACAUCGAGCGGUGCUGACGAGGGAGACUUGGAGGCUAAAGAGAGCAGUGCCACCUCAGACCUCUGUCCGUGGGCAGGGUACACAGUGCUGAAGGACUUGGGCAUCCAGGUGGAGAAGUACAUUGCCUCAGAGAUCUGUGAGAACCCCAUGGCCGCGGGCAAAGUGCGGCCAGAGGGCAACAUCACCUACGUGCGCGAUGUCAGGAACAUAACCAAGAGACAUAUUGAGGAGUGGGGUCCUUUUGACCUGGUCAUCGGUGGAAGCCCCUGUGACGACGUCUCGCUUGUCAAUCCAACCAGGAAGGCUCUGUUUGAAGGAACUGGCAGGCUGUUCUUCGAGUUCUACCACCUGCUCAACUACGCCCGUCCCAAGGCAGGCGAGGAGCGACCCUUCUUCUGGAUGUUUGAGAACGUGGUGGCCAUGAGGAUCAACGACAAGAGGGACAUUUCCCGGUUUCUGGAGUGUAACCCAGUUAUGAUUGAUGCAAUCAAGAUAUCAGCAGCCCACCGAGCUCGUUACUUCUGGGGCAACCUCCCUGGGAUGGACAGGAUCUUUGGCUUCCCCCUGCCCUACACGGAUGUCUCCAACAUGGGCCGCGGGACUCGCCAGAAGCUGCUGGGGGGCUCGUGGAGCGUCCCUGUCAUCCGGCACCUCUUCUCCCCACUCAAGGAUUACUUUGCCUGUGAAUAG